AUGAAUAAAGAUGAUGAGGCAACUGCUGAUGAUCAAGUUAAUGAUAUGAGAGAGGUCGUUCAAAUCCGUAGUGAAGCUAGUAUUCAUCAAGAGUUCUCACAUCAAAUAGAAUUAAAAUCAAAAUACUCAUUAAAUAAGACUGAUAUAAAAGAAACAGAUCAUCACUUGGAAAAUGUUGAAUUAGAUAGACGAGUACAAGUUGGAGAAAUCACUCCCUUUGAAGCUGAAUCACAGAAAAAAAAAGAUUCUCCUAGUACAUUUAAUAGUACGACUGGAUUAUUGGAUUUGGAGAAGUAUCUCAAAAGACAAGCUGAAGUGGCUGCUAAGAGGAAACAACUGCUAAAGCUAAAGGUUGCCAAGUCGAAUCAAACUAAAGGAAACUUGAAUGGGAAAUUUAACAAAAAAAGAGUCAAAAAAAGAAAAAGUUCAGAAUCUUCAAAUACAUCUUCAUCUACUAUCCUUCCCAAUGAAGACGCGACAGACCGCGAAGUUAUAAUUGAAUCUCAUACCACAUCAACUCGACUUGUAAAUAAUACUAAAGAUAUUGAGAAUGAAAGUGGUAGUGAGUAUGUUCCAAGCAAUGAUGAUUCAGAGGAAGAUGAAUAUAAAGUUCCAAAAGCAAAAAAAAAACGUCUCUCGAUAGAAUCAUCAAAAAAAAUUAGGAUUCUUGAUGAUGGAGACGAAUCUUUGUAUAAAAAAAGAGUUAACGAAAGAAUGAAAUCCAGUGGGCUUCAUGAUACCAGUCUUCGAACAGUUGAUAAUUUAUUUAAAGUUCCACGAAUUUUGUGGAAAAAACUUUUUGAGUAUCAAAAAGUAUCAGUUCGUUGGCUCUGGGAGCUACACAGUCGUGGAUUAGGAGGUUUGCUGGGUGAUGAAAUGGGUUUGGGAAAAACAGUCCAGGUGAUUGCUUUUUUUGCAGGUCUUGAUUGCAGUGAAUUGCUGUCUGAUGGUGGUAGAUUUCGUGGACUUGGUCCAACGUUAAUUGUAUGUCCAGCGACAUUACUUGAGCAAUGGGUUCAACAUUUUCACGACUGGUGGCCUGUGUUGCGUGUUGUAACACUCCAUCACUCUGGAACACAUCAAGGGGAUCCAGAAGAUCUACUUGAGAGUUUAAAGACUGGCGGAGUUUUAUUAACUUCAUAUUCUGGUGUUUUGAAUCAUGCAGAGUUACUUGUACCUUUUAAGUGGCACUAUGUUGUUUUGGAUGAAGGCCACAAAAUCCGUAAUCCACAAGCAAAAGUUACCAAAGUUGUUAAAAAGUUUUGUACACCCCAUCGACUUUUAUUAACUGGUAGUCCGAUGCAAAAUUCACUAAAAGAAUUAUGGUCAUUAUUUGAUUUUAUUUUGCCGGGAAAACUUGGUACAAUUGAUGCAUUUAUAGAGCAUUGCGCUACGCCAAUUACCAAAGGAGGGUAUUCUAACGCCUCUGCACUGCAAGAAGCUACAGCUUUACAAGUUGCUACGAUGCUAAAAGACGCAAUCAGUCCAUAUAUGUUACGGAGGACAAAAAAUGAUGUUCAAGAUCAUAUUAAUUUGCCGAAAAAAAAUGAACAAGUGUUAUUUUGUAGUUUAACUAAAGAGCAAACAGAUUUAUAUAAAAAAUUUUUAAAAUCUGAAUGCGUUAGUUCGGUUUUACACGAUAAAGCAAAUGGAGGUGACAAUAGAUACCGCGCUAAACUUUUGGUUGCAUUAACAGCCUUGAGAAAAUUAUGCAAUCAUCCAGAUUUGUUUAUUUACAGUCAAAAUGAAGAAUCUGAUGAGGAAAUAGAUACUUGUGAAAAUAUUGAUAUAGAAAAAUUCGGCUACUGGAAAAGAUCGGGGAAGAUGACAGUGGUGAAAUCACUUCUGAAAAUUUGGAAAAGUCAAGGCCAUCGAGUUUUAAUUUUUACUCAAAGUAGACAAAUGCUCCAUGUACUUGAAGCUUUAAUUCAACAAGAAAAGUACACCUAUCUGAGACUUGAUGGCUUAACACCCAUGAACGAACGUCAGAGAGCAAUUCGUAGGUUUAAUGAAAAUGAUUCAUACUUUGUCUUUAUUUCAACAACAAGAGUUGGAGGUUUGGGAGUUAAUUUAACAGGAGCAAACCGUGUUAUUAUUUAUGAUCCUGAUUGGAAUCCUGCUACUGAUGCACAGGCACGUGAGCGGGCUUGGCGUAUCGGUCAAGAGAAACAGGUGACCAUUUAUCGAUUGAUAACGGCAGGUACUAUUGAGGAAAAAAUUUAUCAUCGGCAGAUUUUUAAAUUGUUACUGUCAAACAGAGUAUUAGAUGAUCCAUGUCAGCGAAGAUUAUUUCAGACGUCCGAUUUAACAGAAUUAUUUAAUUUAAAUGAACCAAUUGAUGGUACUGCUACUGAAUCAGAUCGACUUUUUGGUGAUUCCAACCUCAAGGAUAAUAAAAAACAUUUAUCAUCAUCUAAAAAAUCUAAAUCUAAAAGACUAAGUCCACGGAAAGAAAAAAAAAUAUCGGCAUUGUUUGAAGGUGAACAAGUAUCCUGUUUGAUUGGUCGUAGACUCGGUCAAUCUGAAGAGUCAUCAUCCUCAUUAUCAAAAACAACAAUUGUUGAUGAUGAUAAUUAUGUACUUCAAAAAUUAUUUUCUAAAACUAAUAUCAGUUCAACUUUGUCGCACGAAAAAAUUUUGUCGAGUGCUAAAGUAGAUCCAAGUACAACAACGCCGAUGCAAAAGGUGGCUCGUGAAACAGCUCAAGAAAGUAUGGAUUUCGUACGUCAAUCUCGAAAGUGGUGUUGGCGUCCAUCGUGGGAUCCAGUAUAA